CUGAUGUAACUUGAGUGUUUUGUUUUGGUCAAAAUAGUUGAGAGUGCCCUUGAUUCAUUGUGUCUUGUGUUUGGGUUUGGGCGAACGAAACCCCUUUCACUGCAAUUGCAACCCUCUCUCUGUUGAUUUGGGGGUUAUUGCAUUUCAAUUUGGGGCUUCAACGCACGCAAUGCCUGUUUCAGAUUCUCCUGACGUAUCAGAUGAUCCUUCUAUUCAUGAUGAUGAAGGCUCCGAGGAAGAAGUAGAAGAAGAGGUUGAAGAAGUAGAAGAGGAAGAAGAUGAAGAUCAGGAAGAGGAAGAAGAAGAGGAAGAGGUGGAAGAAGUUGAAGAGGAGGUGGAGGAAGAAGUUGAAGAAGAAGAGGAGGAGGAAGAAGUUGAGGAGGAAGAGGUUGAGGAGGAAGAGGAAACAGUAGAAGUGGAAGAGGAGGAGGAAGAAGUUGAGGAGGAGGAAGAAGUUGAGGAGGAAGAAGAAGUUGAGGAGGAGGAGGAGGAAGAAGAGAUGGAAGAAAUUGAAGUUGAAGUUGAAGAGGAAGAGGAAGAGGAGGAAGAACAAGAGACAAUAGUAGAGGAGAAAAAUGAAGGCAAACAAGUGAUUCCAGUUUCUCUGCCCAAUGCGAAUGAGCUUAGCAAAGAAACUGUAGAGGUGGUGGUGGAGGAAGAGGAAGAGGAAGAAGAAGAGGAAGAGGAAGAGGAAGUGGAGGAGGAAGUGGAGGAAGAGGAGGUGGAGGAGGAGGAGGAAGAAGAAGAAGAAAAAGAAGAAGAAGCAAUAGAGAUGGAAGAUGAGAAAGAACAAGAAACAGUAGUAGAGAAGAAAGAUAAAGACAAGCACGGGGUUCUAGAUUCUCUUCCCGAUGCAGAUAAACAUAGCAAAGAUUCAAGCCAACAUAUGGAGCUUGAUGUGAAAGAGGAGAAUUUGCAGCCAGUUUCUUCUAUGCCCGAGAAUCCUGAAGUAAUACGGUCAUCACAUGAUAUGGAACUUGAUGUGAAAGAGAAGAAUUUGCGGCCAGUUUCUUCUGUGCCCGAGAAUCCUGAAGUAAUACGGUCAUCACAUGAUAUGGAAGAGAAUAAUGCCAUGUUUUUAGCAUCUGUUCUGCCGCAUGAGGACUUGACAUUGAAGCAAGAAGUUUCUAGUCCUCCAAAACCAAGUGAAAACUUAAAUUCUGCUGAAGAUGAAAAAAAUCAAGACUUAAAUGUUGAUGUUGAAAAUUCUGGAUAUCUUCAGAAGAAAACCUUUGGAGGAAGCAGUGAACCAGAUUGCAAUAGCAAAGCUUCUUUAUCUGAUGUUAAGGAUAUUGAUUCUAAAGCCACCAAGUCAUCUAGUAAUACGGUAAAAGACGUGGUUACUGGAAUCAUACCGAGAGAUGAUUUUGUGGAGGAUGCUAAUGGUGGUCAGAACUCUAAGGAGAAAUUUAUGCAGUCAGAGACGGAGUCAAGGGUUGAUGCGAAACAAAAGCCAUCAAGGGCUAGAAGUCCUUCUCCCAGUGCUCAGAUUACAGAUGGAAACAAAAGACGUGCAGUUACAUGUGCUUUUUUUGCUAAAGGUUGGUGCAUCAGAGGUAGUUCUUGUAGCUUUCUUCAUAUAAAAGAUAGCGCGGAUAAUGAGAAGAGAGAAUUGAAAUUGGAAAAAGGUGUUAAGGAAAAUGUUGACUGGUCAAGAACGAAUGAGAAAGAAGCAAGUCCAAGUUGGCAUCCAUCUCAUGAAAAAGAAAAGUUUCCAAUGAGGGACAGCUUGUUUCCGGAGAAUCGAUCUGCAUUUAAUACAUCAAACAAUUAUUUCAGCUCAAAUCUGACCUCGUAUUCAUCCCAUGCAGAGGGAAUGGCUGCUAUUCGAAACCAACUUAUGUACAGAGGAACAAAAGAUUUUAGUUCGUCUUUAGGUGCAAGUGCUUUGGACUCUAAAAAGCUUUUGAAUAGUGAGAAAGAAUAUCACGCCUAUAAGUCUACUUUCUCUUCAGACCGGGAAGAUUUGUAUCGAGGUGGUUCAUCUAGGGUUUCACCACAUGCUAAUGGAUAUAAACUAAAAACCAGUUCUUAUGAUUGGGAACCUUCUGUUCCAUUUCGACCAUCCUUUUUUAUCACUUCAAUGAAUGUAUCAUCCCCUGGAGAUCUGUAUGACCCUCUUCGAGAUAGCAUUGAGAUACCUAAUAUAGGAGACGGGUCUUUGAAAGCUUCUCUUCUAAUUCGAGGGUCAUCUAUCCAGGCUUCAUCACAGGUGCGGACAUAUGAUGAUUCUGCUGCAGUUGGGAAACACAUGUCCGAUCUUAAUGAUGACAAAAGUUCGGUAUCUUCCCAUAAUAAAUUUUAUGAAAAUGAGCCAAACAGAAGUUCAGUUCCUCGUGGAAAAGAUUCUCUUGCAACCAAAACAGAAAUAACAUCAGGAACUUGUGCAAACUACCAAAAUGGUAGCAUAGAUGUGGGGCAAAAUGCCUUUAGUGUUGAAGAUAGGAUUGAAACAACGAAAAAACGAUCCAAGCAUGAUGCUAGGCAUCACGGUGAUGGAUCAGAGCACAAAAAUAAAAGAGUAGCAAGGGAUGAUAAAAAUCAUGAAAUGGAGGUUGACUUUCAGACGGAUGGCAGUAAUCACAAAGAAACAAAGGCACUGAAAAUUUUUCGUGCAGCCCUUGUUGAUCUAGUGAAAGAGUUGCUAAAACCAUUUUGGCAUGAGGGUCGUCUCAGCAAGGAAGCACAUAUAACAAUAGUUAAAAAAUCAGUUGACAAGGUUGUUAGCACUUUAGAGCCACACCAAAUUCCAACAAAUGAAGAUUCUGCUAAGCUAUAUAUUUCUUCAUGUCGGCCGAAAAUUACAAAGUUAGUCCAUGGAUAUGUCAAUAAACAUGGAAAAUCUUGAUAUGCAAGGCCAAACACCUUUUUUUGUACAGUUGCUGAUGAGUCUGGCUGAUUCCAAUCCAUGACAACUUCCGUUUGAGGCUAUCUGUUUCGAAGUCAAGGUUGAUUCGGAACAUUUUGAGUUCUCUUUCAAGAUGUUUGCUUCAUGUUUUUUUCCGCGCUUUCUCUUGCUUAUUCCAUUCUGAAGUAAACUGGCUUGAAUUGCAUGGUUUAUAAGGAUAUCUUAUUUUCAUUAAUUUGCAUUAUGUUACUUGCUUAUCAUUUGGUGUAACUUUCAAGCGCCUGCAAGUUUUGGUAUUGGGCAGCAACUUGGAAAGACUGGUAUGGUAGGCCUCAUGCCAUUUCUUUGCAUUCACGCACAUGAAAAAUCUGAUUUUUUUAAUGUAAAUACAGCGGUGUACCGUGCUGUAGAGUUUAGCAAAUUGCUGACAUAGUUGGAGAGUAGGGUUAUAGAAGUUGCAAUAUGUUGGACAGUUUUUUAAUGUUCCAAAUGUCAAUUUUAGCAUUUAUAUUUUUCCGUUUUAUCUGUGUUUCUUGUUAUGCCUAUUGUUGGCCAGACAAUUUUGUCAAUUAGCAGCUUAGCUAAACUUUCAUAGUAUUUAUCUGUGUAGUCGUGUUCUUCUCUUAUCAUAAUUUAUAGCCGUGGAAUUCGGCUUCCUGUCUUUAUGGAUGACAUAUUUUGUUACUUUCAAACCCUGGACUAUGUUAAUGCCAUGCUCUCUUAUUUAAAUUAAUUUAGGGUGCAUUUAAAUGAUCAAUUCCACAUAUCGUUCUUGGAAUUUGAUCAUUUUAUGUUAUU